CUGGGGACAGUGGCGGACGGCGGCAGCGGCAUGCGGCUCCUCGCGCUGCCCAUCGCGGGCUGAGGCGGCCGUGGCACUAGCAGGAGGCGCGGCGGCCGGGCGAUCCGAGGGGGCAGCCAGCUGGGCGGACCGCAGACAGCGGUCGGGGCGCCUCGCUAUGGCCUGCGCCGGGGCCGCUGGGAGCCCGCAUAGAGUACCGCCGCUGCUGCUGCUGCUUCUGGGGACCACUCUGGUCCUCGCCGCCGGGGCCGCACCGGCACGUGAGGCGGGCAGUGCGGUGGAGGCCGAGAAGCGGGUGGAUAGCGUCCUGACGUGGGAGCCGCGCGCCAACAGCACGCGGGAGGAGGCCGGCUCGCCAGCGACUGGAGAAGAGGAGACCGCGUGGCCGGCGCCUACUGACGAGCAGGCUGCCGCGGGCUCAAGGGUCGGGCCAGAGGAGGCGCUGGAGGCGUCGGCCGCCGUCACGGGCGCCUCCUGGCUGGAGAUGGAGGGCCCCGGCCUCAGCGGAGUAACUGCGGAGGCAGGCAGCGGCGAAGCCCAGGCCCUCCCUGCCACGCUCCCGGCUCCCGGCAAGGUCCUCGAGCAGUCGUCAUUGCCUCCCUCCACCCCUGAAGCCACAGAAACCAGCGAGCCACCGUCUCCGACCCCUGGUGACAAGCCGAGCCCAGGCCCUGACCUAACCAAGGAGAGCCCUGUGGAAGUUUGGCUGAACCUGGGUGGCAGCACGCCCGGCCCUCAGGGGACAAAGCCACUGUACCCCUUUCAGGGCACGUUAGAGCCCCAACCAGUCUCAGAUAUAAUAGACAUUGAUUACUUCGAUGGAUUGGAUGGCGAGGGCCGUGGGGCUGACCUGGGAAGCUUCCCUGGGUCACCGGGAACCUCAGAGCACCACCCCGAUCCAGGGGGAGAGACCCCUUCAUGGAGCCUCCUUGACUUAUAUGACGACUUCACUCCUUUUGACGAAUCUGAUUUCUAUCCCACCACAUCGUUCUAUGAUGACUUGGAUGAAGAGGAGGAGGAAGAAGAGGAUGACAGGGAUGCAGUAGGAGGUGGAGACUUGGAAGAUGAAAAUGACCUUCUCGAGCUCACUGAGAAACCUGGCCUGGGGCUGGUGGCAGGCCAGCCCACCAAUCAGUGGCAUGCUGUUCCCCCACAGCAUACUCUGGGGAUGGUCCCUGGCAGCAGCAUCGCCCUCAAGCCCCGCCCAGGAGAGCCAGGCAGGGACCUGGCCCCAAGCGAGAAUGGCACUGAGUGCCGCAGUGGCUUCGUGCGGCAUAACGGCUCCUGCAGGUCAGUGUGUGACCUCUUCCCAAGCUACUGUCACAAUGGCGGCCAAUGCUACCUGGUGGAGAACAUAGGGGCCUUCUGCAGGUGCAACACACAGGACUACAUUUGGCACAAGGGGAUGCGCUGUGAAUCCAUCAUCACUGACUUCCAGGUGAUGUGUGUGGCCAUUGGCUCAGCCGCCCUCGUGCUGCUCUUGCUCUUCAUGAUGACAGUAUUUUUUGCCAAGAAGCUCUAUCUACUCAAGACGGAGAAUACCAAGCUGCGUAGGACCAACAAAUUCCGGACCCCAUCUGAACUCCACAACGAUAACUUCUCCCUCUCUACCAUUGCUGAGGGUUCUCACCCAAAUGAUGAUCCUAGUGCUCCCCACAAAAUCCAGGAAGCUCUCAAGUCAUGCCUGAAAGAGGAGGAGUCAUUUAACAUCCAAAAUUCCAUGUCAUCCAAACUUGAGGGUAGCAAAGGUGACCAGGCUGACCUGGAGGUGAACUGUCUGCAGAAUAACUUAACCUGAAGCAGAGCAAGAAGAGAGGAAAUGGGGGGAGGGGGGGCGGGGAAGACACAUUAUCUCCUCUUGUACAGAGUCUAUUUCUUGUAACCAUUUGUUAAAUCCUUUUCUUUUUCUGAUCUCAUGGCAUGCUUUGAUGUGUUUUGUACAGGAGGGGGGGAAAACACAAAAUAAGCAAAGAACCUGAACAGAAUUGCAUACAAUAUUGGAUUGUUUUGUCUAUGCUGUCUGUACAUUGCUUCUGCUGCUGUGAUUUCUAAACUUAUGCUGUUAUUCAACUGACUUUUUUUUGUACUUUGACCCACCUUUUUUUGAAAUACCAGUAAAAAACAAAGUUCUUAAAAUAAAAACUUUUUAAAAAGCUA